GUGGAAUAGUCGUCAUUGUCAACGACUUUUGGAUCAUUAUAAUAACAGCGUGUUCGUGUGGUUAUCAGUUUUGAUUUAACACUUGACCCCAGAUUACUGGACCAAGCGUCUGUAUACGUUUAUAAAUGUUAGUUGGACCGCGGAAUUUUGCAGUUUUUGCUUGGCCGUUGACGUUUUUUCAUAAGUCGAAUUAACAUGUAUUUAUAGAAUAGUAUUGUGCAUUGUCGUGUUUCCAACUUAUCACAAAACAAGGUGUUCCUUAAUUUCCCGAUAAUACCGUCAAUUUUGUUUUGCAACUUUUUAACAAAAGUGAACUAUGAAACGUACUACGAAAUGAGCGGAGACGCGCACAUAGAUGGAGACUUUUUUAAGAACGAUGCAUUCAAUGAUAUUGUUCCAUUAUGUACGCAUUAAUUUGUUUUGUGUCUUCUCUAAAGUAGAUUCUCGACUCUAGAAACGUUAGUAACUGUGCUUCGUAGCUUAGAGUGUAAACAAAUUUUUUAAUUGAGCUUGGCUUGAUAAACAGAGUGGUAAUCAGUGUCCAUAAGAAUUAAGGAAUCUGUAGAUUUUGGUAUUCUAUUCCAGGAUUUCAAUACCUUUGAAAAAUGAAGGCAAAGUUUUGUGAUAAAGUGAAUGGGAACGCGUUAUUCAUCAGUGGACAAUAGUUUUACAAGCAAGGUAAAUCAGAUCGGUCAUAAAUCGUCAAUGUCGUUCAAUCCCACCAGUCUUGAUAAAUUAAUUAGUAUUCAUAAAAAAUUAAGAAAAUUGUAGAUUUUUAGAUUCUAUCUAAUGAAAAUAAAGGCAGAAUUUUUUGAUAAAUUAAAUGGGGAUGCGUUAUUUGGCAGUGAAUAGUAGAUUUAAAAACAAGGUAAGUCGGGUCAAUCGUAAAUCAUCGAUGAUGUUCGAUACUAUGUUGAAAUCUCAAGAACAGGAAGGAUCAAAGUUUAAAACGCGAGACGUUAUAAAAGAAAGCACAGACGAGAAUGACAUAAUAUUAACGCGGCAUAAAAAUUGACGCACGCUUUUUGCACGUGAUCCAUACAAAAAAUAACACAGACUAACGUUUAAAGUACUUUAAUCGUUGAUUACAGCAAAUUUCUCGUCGUUUUACUUAUUUUUAGUAACACGAUUAAUUCUCGACAUGUCUUUUGUAAUUACAGAAACCAAUUUCAAUAAUUUGAAGUUUACAGAAAGGGCAGACUAUAUCCUAGUUUAAAAGAAAAUUGAAUAACAAUUUAUAUAUUUAUACUGGUUAAGAAGACAGUAGAUUUAAUUAGUUGAACUUCAAAGAGAGGACAGAUCAUGUUCUAUUUUCAAAAAAAACUGGAAAACAAUAUUUGUAUUCGCUUAAACAAAGUUUAAUAGAUUUCAAAUUAAUUUCCUGCUUUAUAAAUAAAAACAUUCGCGAUUCUACAAAAAGUUAUGAACUACGAACAUUAGACGAGACAAAGAAAAGUUUUGAAAAACAUAGAGAGGAAGCAAAUAUAAUAUACAUAAAAGUGCACAUUAGUUAGAUAGUACAUAAAUGGAAAUUUUGUUAAUCUGACAGCGUUUCUGAAAUUCGCAUAAGAAUGGCCAGCUCGACGGAAAUACCGAAUUAUCAGGCGAAUAAUUCGAAUGAAAUAGAACUACCGAUCGACAUGAGAUUCAACGAGGGCCACGUCGUUAGCAUUGUAAUUUACAGCGUUUUAAUGAUAAUAUCCGCAGCUGGGAACACGACGGUGUUGGUUUUAAUCGCACACCGAAAACUUGUGUCCAAAUCGAGGAUACACACGAUGUUGAUGCACCUCGCGAUCGCCGAUCUGCUCGUAACGUUUUUAAUGAUGCCCCUCGAGAUCGUUUGGGCGUUUACAGUUUCUUGGAAAGCGGGGGACGCAAUGUGCCGGAUAAUGGCUUUCUUCAGGGUUUUCGGUCUGUACUUGUCGUCCUUCGUUCUGGUAUGCAUAAGCAUGGACAGAUAUUAUGCAGUAAUAAGACCACUUCAGUUGUGGGAUGUUGACAAACGAGGAAAAAUUAUGUUGUGCCUAGCCUGGUUAGGAUCCGUCGUUUGCUCAAUGCCUCAAAUCAUAGUAUUUCAUCUGGAAACUCAUCCAAAUAUCACCUGGUAUUCCCAGUGUGUCACGUUCAACACGUUCCCAACAUACACCCACGAGAUAACUUAUUCCCUUUUCGGAAUGAUCAUGAUGUAUUGGUUCCCUCUUAUCGUAAUAAUAUACACUUACUCUAGCAUUCUGUUAGAGAUCUGCAGGAGAUCGAGGAAAAGCGGUGACGAUAAAAUACGUCGCUCUUCUAUGGGCUUUCUUACGCGUGCGAGGAUACGCACUUUAAAGAUGACCGUGAUUAUAGUUGCCGUCUUUUUCAUUUGUUGGACACCUUAUUAUGUUAUGAGCCUCUGGUACUGGAUCGAUCGACAAUCGGCGUAUAGAGUCGAUCAACGAAUUCAGAAGGGUCUCUUUCUGUUCGCGUGCACGAAUUCUUGUAUGAAUCCAAUCGUCUAUGACAUGUGAAUAAUGAAAUAUUUCAGAAGUCCGUAAGACCGACUACCAUAGAAACUCGUGUCACCCCAUUAUCGUUGUCGUUAAAACUUCUCGAUUGAUUCUUGAUUAAAUACCACCAUAGUGUAUAUUAAUCGUAGCUGUAAGUUAGUCUAAUUGUUAAUAUCAAAUUUGACUGUGAUCGGAUGGGCCACGUGCAAGGAAUUGAUUGAUGGGAUAAAGUUUUUCAGCCCCCAUCGUGGCUGCUCAUUCAUAAUUACUAAAGAUUUUAUUAAAGGUAGAAUGUACUUUAGUUUUAUCGUAUAUCAUUAAUAUUAAAAGAAGUUUCCUUCCAGUAUUAGGACA